AUGUGUUCGUCAGUCGGUUUUGCGGUCAUCGUUUUGUGUGUUUUCACCACAGCUAAGUGCUUCCAACAACAGUACUUCAGGGUACCUCCUAGAAGUCUUCGAGUACAAGAAGGCUCGGAAGCUGUAUUGGAAUGUGCUGUCGCAAAUCUAGCUGGACAAGUUCAGUGGGCUAAGGAUGGAUUUGCUCUUGGUUUCUCAUCAGUAAUACCAGGGUAUCCCCGCUAUACGAUGUUCGGUGAUCGACGUCAUGGGGUCUACAACUUGCGUAUUGUGAACGUGACGUUAGAAGACGACGCAGAAUAUCAAUGUCAAGUGGGUCCUGCCCAAAUGCACAAAGUCAUACGAGCUAAUGCUUCACUAACAGUCAUAUGUAAG